CAUAAAGUGUUCGUGAAUAUUUUGCAAAUAAAACAAAAAUAUUGACUUAUAAAUAAAAAUUAAGACAAAAAUUAUAUUUAAUGGAAAGUUUAAAAGAAUUAUCGCAAUUUUUGAAGCCAUAUCAAAGAUUAGAUUUGAAAGCAGUUUCUUUAACGCAUAUUUUAGGUUUGACUGGCUCAAAAGAGGGAAGAGAUUGCAUUUUUCAACUAAGAGAUAUAGUUGAAUCAAUAUUUUAUUUAACUCAAGAUUCAAAUACUUCUGUAGCUAAAGAUGCAAUCCUAUCCUUAAUUAAUUUGACAGCAAAUACCACUGAUGCAAUAAAAAUAUUUGAAACGAGCAAAAAUAUUGAACCAAAAUUUCCAUUAGUAUUUAAAGCUAUAGAAUCAAUAACAAACAAAAACUCAGAGCUUGCGGAUCCAUGGACUAUGGUUAUAAGUAAUUUGACAAGGGUUGAAACUUUAGUUCCUGAAAUAUUAGAAAAUUUACAAAGUGAAGAAAAAAUUAUUCUUGAUCUGGUAAAAGCUUUUACUCAAAUAGAUUAUAAUAUAGCAAAAGCAAAAUUACAUUAUCUGGGACCAAUUUUUUGUAAUUUAACCCAAACAACAAAAGGUCGUGAAUUAAUUUGUAAUUCUAAAUAUAAUUUAAUGGAAAAAAUAAUUCCUUUUACAUCGUAUAAUGAAAAUACGAUACGUAGAGGUGGUACAAUUGGCAUACUAAAAAAUAUUUGCUUUGAUCCAGUAUAUCAUGACUUCGUAUUAAACGAUAAAGAUGACAUUUUACAUUGUUUACUAUAUCCAUUGAUAGGACCAGAAGAAUAUACUGAUGAAGAAAAUGAAAAAUUUCCAAUCGAAUUACAGUAUAUGCCUGAAACAAAAUGUCGUGAAGAAGAUCCCGAUUUAAGGGUAAUGCUUUUGGAAUGUCUACUACAACUCUGUGCAACAAAAAAACAUAGAGAAUUUUUGAGAUCUAAAGGAACAUAUGAAAUUCUCAGAGAAUAUCAUAAAUGGGAAUUGAAUGUCGGUAAAGACAAAAAAGCUUUACUAUUAUGCGAAAAUGUUGUUGAUAUAUUAAUAAAGAAAGAAGAAGAGAUAGGAUUGGAUAAUUACAAAGAAAUUGUUGUACCAGAGGAUAUAUCUAAAAAAUUCACUGAAGAUGAUGAAAAAUACUUAAAUGAAGAAUAAUUUGAAAUUAGGAUAAAAAAAGAAACAAUGUUAUUUAAAUUUUUCAUUAACUUUAUUUUAUUUUAAUGUUUAGUUAUGAAAAUUUUCCUACUGAUUUAUAAAUUCUUCUAAAAAAAAAACUAACAUAAGUGAUAUAUUUUCUGAUUUAACUUCGGCCUAAAAGACCUUUUUUUUUAUUAAAUGCUUUGGUUUAACUAAAUUAUGUAUAUAUUAUAUAAUAUAUACUAAUAUAAUACUAAAUAUUUUUGUUAAUUUAAUAUAUUGAUCACACCAAAAGAAAUUACUACAAGUAAAAAACAUAGUUUUACGUAAUUAUUUUGUAAACGUAAUUGAAAUUUUUAUAUCUAACAUUUUUAAUAUUACUUCUAAAAUUACAGAACUAUUAAAAUUGGUCAUAUCAUUUUUAGAAUAAAAAGUAGGUUUUUUUGAAAUUGUUCAGUGUCAAGUUAAAAUAAAUUGUAAUAAAUCAGUUGUUUCGUAAGUGAAUUUUUAUAUAACUAUAUUUAAAAUAAAAAGUAAAAACUAGAUUGACAAAAAAAUUUUAUGUAAGUUAUACGAUGUGAUCACUGAAAUUUUAUAAAGUUUAUUAUUUCUUAAUUGUAUUUCUGCUAGAAUUGCAAUAACAAUUAAAGAAUGUUUUUCGUUAAGCACAAAGCGUGUUUUAUUUUUUUUUUACUUUUAUAUUUUUUAUUGAAAUUCUUGUUAUUUAAAAUAACAUUCCAACAGUAAAUUUUAUGGUUUAAUAGUGCAAUUUUAAUAUUGUAAUAUAUUAAGCUUAAUUUUUAUUUUGUUUUUUUUUUCAAUUUAUGAUGAAAUUAGACUAUUAUGAUACAUAAUAAUGAAAAUAAAUAAUAAUAUCAGUGUAAAAUGCGUAAAUUUUUAGAUAUAUUCUUAUAAAUGUAUAAAUUCAUUAAUAUUCGAUUAAAUGUUAACACAGAGUAGAUAAUUGAUAUCAUCUUGAUAUUUUGUUUACUUUUUAAAUAAUCUAUCCAAUUUUUUAAUGCUAUUAUUCAUUAUUUUAAAAGCAGUUUCCUUUUUUUUAUAUAUUAUCAUAAAGUAACUACGUAUUUCUAUGUGAUCAAUAAGUAUUUUUUAUAUUUGAUUUUUAAAAUGCAUCAACAAUACUCUAUUAAAUUUCAAUUGAAAACAAAUUCAAAGUUUUUUAAACUUAAAUUA